AUGGAGAAGGAGCCACAAGCCUCUUCCUAUAAAGGCGAUGCCAAUUCGCCACAUACCACCUCAAAGCACCUCUUGAGCGAACAAGAGAUGUUAAGCCCUCAAGCACCACCACCUUCAUGGGAUAGUCCUCCAAGACCAUCCACUUUGAAGACAAAGAAGAAACUUCUUCCUUACCUUGAAGCAGCCGACCUGGAGACAGAAGCUUUCUUGGAGAUUUGCAAGGAACCACCUUUCAAAUCCAAGUACCACCACUACUCUCAUCAGCUGGAGAGAGAGCGUGAUGAAGAAGAAUGGGGAGGCAUACCACCCCAUCCUGAAGUUCUGAAUGAAGAGCUAAUCAAGCAUGUGGAGAGGAAUCCUUUCUACAAUUCUAUUUCAGAAUGUGCAAAGGAGCAUCUAUGCAACUUUGAGCAGCUUUGUCAUGACUAUGGACUUGGAGACAACCCCAAGAAGAUACAACUUUUCCAACUAUCACUAGCUGGACAAGCCAAAGACUGGGCUAAGUUCAAUGCCCAACAUGCUUUCAAGACUUGGAAUGGAUACAAAGGAGCUUUCCUCACAGAUUUGCCAAAGGUCCUAUUUAUGUCCCACCACCACGCCCAAGCUAUUCACAAUACCAUCCAUCAUCACCAGACAUAA